GCCGAGCCCGCGGCAGUUUCUUCAGGCUGGCGGGCGAGUGGGGAAGCUUCUCAGGCAGGGCAGCCACAUCUGAGGACCAGAGCCAUGCUGAGGAGCCAGAGCCCGUGACCUUCUCCAUCUCCAUCCGGCUGAGGCCAGCCACCAUCCUCAGCAGCUGACAUCACGAGAAAGAUUUGGGGACCUUGGGGAAGUACUCAAGGGAUCCUUUCCCUGAGAUGUGGGACGUCAGGGCAGAAUGCUGAGGGCCCUCCUAUCUGGCCUGGGGUGGAGGGGAGGCAUUUGGGGCUGCACCUUCAGCUCACGGCAACCCCAUCUGCCUCCGGCUCGGUUGUUGAGUGCCACAGAACUGGUCAGCCACUGGACAGUAGUCUUUGAGAAAAGGGGCAUCCCUGAGGCCCGGGAAUCCAGUGAGUACAUCGUGGCUCAUGUCCUUGGAGCCAAAACAUUUCAGAGCCUGAGGCCAGGACUUUGGACCCAGCCCCUGACCCCUUGGCAGUUACAGUAUGUCCAGGAGCUGAGUAGCUACCGAUUGCAAAGGAUGCCUGUGCAGUACAUCCUUGGUGAGUGGGACUUUCAGGGCCUCAGUCUGAAGAUGGCGCCCCCAGUGUUUAUCCCUCGGCCAGAAACGGAGGAGCUGGUUGAAUGGGUGCUGGAGGAGGUGACCCAAGGGCCCCGUGUGGUGGGAGCUCAAGGUGGCCCCCUCAUCCUGGAGGUGGGCUGUGGAUCAGGAGCCAUUUCCCUCAGCCUGCUGAGCAGGCUCCCCCAGAGCCGAGUCAUUGCUGUGGACAAGGGAGAAGCCGCCAUCUGCCUGGCCCAUGAGAAUGCUCAGAGGCUUCGGUUGCAGGACAGGAUUCGGAUCAUCCCCUUCGAUGUGACCUUAGAGGGGAGCUGGGCACAUCUUCUACCUUGGGGCCCUGUGGACCUGGUCGUCAGCAACCCUCCCUACGUCUUCCACCGGGACAUGGAGAAGCUGGCCCCUGAGAUCCUCAGCUAUGAAGAUCCACUAGCCCUGGACGGUGGGGAGGAGGGCAUGGACAUCAUUACCCACAUCCUUGCCCUGGCACCUCGGCUCCUGAAGGACUCUGGAAGCAUCUUCUUGGAAGUGGACCCAAGACACCCAGAGCUCGUCGGCAGCUGGCUUCAGAGCCAGCCUGACCUGUCCCUCAAUCUUGUGGCUGUGCGCAGGGACUUCUGUGGGAGGUGAGACUCUACCCUGCCCCCAGUCCCCACAGCCAUGCUGGUCCUUCCACUCAGACUAUCACAGCUCUGGCUGUGGGGCAAGUGUGCGGUUCCCACCCCCUGCUCAUUCCCCAGGGCCCAGGCAGUAACUGGCCCCUUGUCCCUGUCUCCUUAGGCCUCGGUUCCUACAUAUCAGGAGGUGUGGGCCACAGCAUGGUUGCCCUGUGGAUGCCUGGCCAGGGCCCCAACCUGCCAGAGUGCCUGGCUGACAUUUCUACCUGGAAUGCUACUUGGAGGGAGGUGGAUGGUGCCUUCCAGAACCCCAGAUGUUUGUGGCAUUUCCCAUGGCUCUGUGAUUCUCCAUGCUCUACAUUUCUAGGAGACUUAGGAGUAGGCACAAGGGCCGGGGUGUCCUUCCUGGGCCAGCAAAGAGCAAGAGCACUCACAAUCCAGCUUAGGAGCUCAGCAGACUGGAUUCCCAGUCUGGCCCCAUCGUGUCAGUGUAGCCAAGGCAGGUUGCUGUGUCUCUGUGGGUGGAAUUGCUCUAGGGAUGUUGGGAGAUACGGCCAAUAAAGUGGCGAGAGACCA